GAUGAUUAGAUCUUUCAAAUUGAUGGCUUUAUAUCUAUAUGGAAAUAGUCAAACAUACUAUUAGAAAAAGAACAAAUCGAUUAGUAUCCUUUUUAAGAAUAAGAUUCGGUGGUCAAUCGCGUCGACGAGUAAAUACAGUAAGAUGGAUGGUUUUAAAACCGCUUAAGUCGAUAUCUAAUAUACCGUAUGGAUGGUAUGGACGCUCAAGCAGAAUCCCGGCAGAAAAUCAACCAACGUCGAGUUCUUCUUCUACARUUAUUYYAAGACAGAGCAGAGAAGAAAGAGAAGUCAUCAUGAGUGGUGGUGUCAAACMGCCAGAGCAGGAGAGCAAACAGAGAUCUCCGAUCCCAAGUAAAUUAGACCCAAAUUCGAAACAGCACAUUGAGGAUCUAAAGCAAAAAGGCCAUCUGAUUGCAGCAGACGUUGAAUUGCAGUCAGAUUGCGACAAGAUACAGGAGUUUCUAAAAUCACAACAAACAUUUACAAGUUUUGAUGCUGUGAGCUACAAGGUUAAGCGAGUAGCGGUGAUCAAAGAGUUCUACAUUGUCAAGGUUUUUACUGGCGACAGGAGGACUUCCAAUCAAAACCAAGACGAUUAUCAUUUCGUCUAUAUUGUCAAGGAGGAGGACAACCCAUUUGAUGCUAGCAGAACACCUACUUGGGAAGUCAACCCUGCACAAAAAUGCGAAAAAGACAUACUCGAGUGCAAUUAAGUGCUUUUUAGCUCCUAACAGCCUUUGAUUAUGUUCCAAAGUUUGCAUAUUAAGUGAUGAUAUCAAGUAAAAAUAAUAUUUUUUUUCGUUUCUUAAAACAGACAAUCUCAAAAAUUGACUCAAAAGACUGAGGUUAUCUGACACAUGAUAAUCAACAGUCAACCUAUAACGAAACAUUCCCGCAUCAAUGUUGCAUGCAGGGGUUAAUGAAUGGACAACCAAUGAAAAGAAAGCCACACAACAUUGUAUUGGGGGAAGGGGAGGAGGGGGCACGAGGAAGGUUUUAUCGGCGAAGAAUGUGAGAAAUGUCGUGCGUGCGUAAAAAUUGUCAACAUUUAUGUCCAAGAUUGUAGGUUUAGUGCUAGUUAAAACUUUGCAGAAGUCGGAUAAAUUACAACAAGUCAAUAGUCAAUAUGAGGUAAAUUUUAGAGGUARCCUUUCCAAUACAAAGUUUGGAAGUUGAUUUUUCAUGCUUUGAUAAGGAUGAUGAUCAUGAUCAUGCUUUAUAUUUGUAUAGCAUUUUUACGAAUUCUUUGACACUGCUUGAGACUUACAAAGCGCAGUACGUUGAUUCUCAAUGUCAGUCGGACCACUUCAGCGACUUAUGGGCAACGAAAACAUAGGAAAUUAAAUAGAAACGAGCCAAAAAAGUUCGCUUAUUGAAUCCUCGGGAACCCACCACGAACGACAGAAGAUUUCUCUGGGCUCCCGAGGAUGGCUCAUUAUGUGUUGGUGGCGAAUAACAAUACUCACAGAACAAAAACACAAAAGAAAUAAAAAUGCAUUUCGUUUAUUCAA